UCGAGACGGGAGGGAGAAGAGAGAGAGAGAGAGGCAGAGAGCGAUUCUGAUGAGACAAUUCUUAGUAAUAACUUGGAAUCUCAUUUUCUCGAUUUCGUUGUUUCUUUCUUGCAACAAACAGUUCUUUCUUGCAACAAUCAGUUACUCUCUAUGUGUGUUUGGUUGUUAAGAAUCUGAAUCAAAUGGAAAGAGAAUAAAGAAAGAGAGAGCCAAAAAACAGCACAGUCGUCCUGAGACUGAAAACCGUUUAAUUUUCUCUCUUUCCUUCCAGUUUCUGGGCAUCCAAACGGUAGUCAUUUCUUUUGCGAAUUCAACAUUUUGCUCACACUCGAUUCUUUCCUUUCCUUUCGUAGAGACAAGCUCGGUUCUCCGACGCAUACUCUCUCCUUCGGCUCCUCUCUCUCGCUGCUGCCGGUUCGGGUGCUUUAUAUUUGAAUCGCGACGCAGAUGCUAACAACUGCAUCGGUGGUGACAGCUACCGCACCAUUGCGGUAUUUAUUGUUGCUGGAGCGGCCGAUUGCGAAGGACUCGAUGAUACCAUGUCGUUCGGUGGUUGAUCCGGAUUGGUCGAGUUAUGUGUCUGUCGUAGGAGGUAUUGGGUUAUUUCUUUCUAGAAUUGGAUAUGUUGCACCAGAAGGUGUAAACAAGGGUUCUUCUGAGGUCAGUGAUGGUUCAAACUCUAUUGCCGCAGCAGUUGCUAAGGUUCUUCCGGCCAUUGUCCUUAUAUCAGUUCCCAAGAAAAUGGAUAACAAGUCUUGUACAAGUAUAGGCUCUGGAACCAUAGUUGACGCUGAUGGGACCAUUUUAACCUGUGCUCAUCUUGUGGUGGAUUUUCAAGGCAGGAAAGUUGUAUCUGAGGACAAGGUUGAUGUGACUUUGCAAGAUGGCCAAACAUUUGUUGGUACUGUCUUGAAUGCUGAUUUACAUUCUGAUAUUGCUAUUGUAAAGAUCAAUUCUAAAACUCCUUUCCCGGCUGCAAAACUUGGUUCCUCAUGUAAACUACAUCCCGGGGAGUCGGUGGUGGCUCUGGGAAAUCCCCAUUUUCUUCGCAACACGAUUACAGCUGGUAUUGUCAGUUGUGUUGAUCGCAAAAGCAGUGAAAUAGGCCUUGGAGGAAUGCUGAGGGAGUAUAUACAAAUAGACUGUGCGGUUAAUCCGGGGAAUUCUGGCGGGCCUCUUAUUAACCUUGAUGGAGAAAUUGUUGGUGUUAAUAUAAUGGGACGCAAAAGUGCUGCUGGGUUGAAUUUUGCUGUGCCCUCAGAUACGGUUUCCAAAAUUGUGGAGCAGUUCAAGAAAAAUGGUAGAGUCCUCAGACCAUGGUUGGGGUUGAAAAUGUUGGAUCUUAACAAGAUGAUUAUUGUCCAACUUAAACGUAGACAUGCCACAUUCCCUAGUAUAAAGAAAGGAGUUCUUGUCCUUAUGGUGUCUCCUGGUUCGCCUGCUGAUCGAGCUGGAAUGCGCCCGGGUGACAUUGUCAUUGAAUUCCAUGGAAAGCCAGUUGGCAGUAUUACUGAGAUUGUGGAGCUAAUGGAUGACAAAGUUGGCAUACCGUUGAAGGUAGUGGUGAAAAGAGAGAAAGGCACUUCAGUGACUUUGACAGUCAUACCAGAGGAGGUAAACCCUGAAUUGUAACAAACAAAUUACAAAAUUUCCAGUAUAGUUGUUUUUACCCUCAAUUCAUAUCCUAUACCGCACAAAUAAUACAGAUAAGAAGGGAAAUGGAAGCAUUUCUCGAUUUCUUC